GUCCUCUGCAGCCAUAGAGACGACGUAACUCUACGUACUACGUCAACUAUGCGUGCUAGGUUGCUGGGCAACCGUGAAUAGUACGAAUCUGAGGAUAAAGCCUCUGAGCAAAAAUGCCACGCUCUGCACCCAAGCCUCAAACUGACAAGCACAGACGUAGGUCAUCUGUACAGGUGAUCUCACCUGCAGCACAAGAGCAGAAAGGGGAAGAUAUAAUCCCAGGUCACUUGACCCGGACCCAGUGGACAAAUAUGUUGCUUCAGGAGGAUGCAGAUGAGGCAGUGGGGGAAAUCUUAGAUGAACUGCUGAGGAAGGUCAUGAAAGGAUGUCUUGAUGUGUAUACUGAGAGCCAGCUACCAACUUUCUCUGCAUCUUGGGCCAAGAGGUACCUCACACAGAUUGUAGAGCACCAAAUCUUGUGCCUAGAUGAGGGAGAAGGACCAGUCGAAAGAUCAAAAACAGAAGAUUCUGAGCCUGUGCCACCAACUUCCGAUGCCUGGGCUCAAGGAUGUGUGCCUGUUCUUAUCCAUCAACAACAUCUUGCUGCACAGGAGGUUGCAGGAGUCCCAUCACCUCAGGUCACCCCACUGCUUCAGCCCAAGAUCUGUGACAGCUGAUUAGAAGACGUAACAAUGUCUAUGGUUGAGCCACAUAUUAACACAAUAAAUUUGAAAAAACUA